AUGGUUCAUCUCACCAAGGCCCUUGCGGUGGGCAUUUUGGCGGGCUUCGCAUAUGCCUUCAACUAUGACCAGCCUUACCGUGGCCAAUAUCAUUUCUCGCCCCAGGAUCAUUGGAUGAAUGACCCCAACGGUCUCCUCUAUCACAAUGGGAUCUACCAUCUGUUCUUCCAGUACAAUCCUGGUGGUAUCCAGUGGGGGAAUAUGUCCUGGGGCCAUGCUACCAGCAAGGAUCUCACCCACUGGAAGGAGCAGCCCAUUGCCCUUCUUGCCCGGGGAUAUGGCGGCAACGUCACCGAGAUGUACUUCAGUGGAAGUGCGGUCGUUGACGUAAACAACACUAGUGGCUUUGGGAAGGAUGGCAAGACACCCAUAGUUGCCAUCUACACGUCCUAUUAUCCCGUUGCGCAGACCUUGCCGAGUGGUAAGACUAUCCAAGAGAAUCAGCAGGCUCAGUCCAUUGCCUACAGUCUUGACGAUGGUAUGACCUGGACCACGUACGAUGCUGCCAACCCGGUCAUCUAUAACCCUCCCGCCCCAUACCAGGAUCAGUACAAGGACUUUCGUGAUCCCUUUGUGUUUUGGCACGAGGAGUCCCAAAAGUGGGUUGUUGUCACCACCCUGGCCGCAUUACACAAGCUCGCAAUUUACACUUCCGAUAAUCUCAAAGACUGGAAGUUUGUGAGCGAAUUUGGUCCCUACAACGCGCAAGGCGGUGUUUGGGAGUGCCCCGGCCUUUUUAAGUUGCCUCUCGACGGGGAGAAGUCCACGAAAUGGGUUAUGACGGUCGGACUUAACCCCGGUGGUCCCCCAGGCACGGUCGGUUCCGGAACCCAGUACUUUGUGGGUGACUAUGAUGGAACCACGUUCACGCCCGAUAAUGAUAAUGUAUACCCGGGAAACUCAACUGCUAACUGGAUGGACUGGGGCCCAGAUUUCUAUGCUGCGGCUGGCUACAAUGGCCUCCCUGUAGACGCCCACGUCCACAUUGGAUGGAUGAACAACUGGCAGUAUGGUCAGAACAUACCCACUGACCGCUGGCGCAGCGCCAUGUCCAUUCCUCGGCACCUGGCUCUCGAGACCAUCGGCGACAGGGCGACUCUAGUUCAGCAGCCCCAGGAAGCCUGGUCUUCUAUCUUGAGCAAGCGGCCGGCCUACUCGCACAGCUACAAAUCUGUCCCAGAAGGCUCCGUCAACGUGGGCACCACCGGAGAGACGAUCAAGAUAGACUUGAGCUUCUCUGCUGCUUCGACGGCUUCGGAGUUUGCGAUUGCUGUUCGAGCCUCCGCCGACUCCACUGAGCAGACCCUUGUCGGUUACGACUUCGUCAACAAGCAAGUCUUCAUUGACCGCACCAAGUCUGGAGACGUGUCAUUCGACAAGACUUUCGCGAGCGCCUAUCGCGGACCUCUCGCACCGAGCGACAAUGGCGAGGUGAAAUUGAGCAUAUUUGUCGAUCGGUCCAGCGUGGAAGUUUUCGGCGGUAGGGGCGAGACCACCCUGACGGCUCAGAUUUUCCCGAGCAAGGACGCGAUCUACGCCCAGCUGGUGUCAACUGGGGGAGCUACUAAGCGCGUUCACCUCAACGUCUACAAUGUUGCCUCGACAUGGAACUGA